AAUUCUAAUUGCAUCAAACUGUCUUUUGUUGCCAGGGUUUAAAUGCAGGAGAAACUGUUCUUCGUUGUUUUGGACCGGAUAUAGUGUGGGUUGGGGCAGAGAUGCGUAAUGCGCAGCGAGAGCUCCAUCUUCUCUCCAAAUAGGCAGCGUUCAAGACCCGAAAAUGUCGAAGACGGAGGUGAAGAAGGAGUCCGGGGAGAGCAGUCCAUCGGAGGCCGCCUGUCUCUGCUCUCCUACUGCGGCCAAGAACCAGUGCGCGAGCUGCGGCCUGGAGAUCCACGACCGCUACCUGCUUAAGGUGAAUAACCUGAACUGGCACCUGGGCUGUUUGGAGUGUUCAGUGUGCAGAGCGUCUCUGCGCCAACACAACAGCUGCUACGUCAAAAACAAAGAAAUCUACUGCAAACUGGAUUAUUUCAGUAGGUUUGGCACCAAGUGUGGUCAGUGCGGCCGGCAGGUGUUCGCCAGCGACUGGGUGCGACGGGCUCGAGGCAGCGUGUACCACCUGGCCUGUUUUGCCUGUUUCUCUUGUAAGAGGCAGCUGUCCACCGGGGAGGAGUUUGGCCUGGUGGAGGGCAGGGUACUCUGCCGCAGCCACUACGACGUCAUGCUGGAUAACCUGCGCAGGGCUGCAGAGAAUGGGACAGGACUAACUUUGGAGGGAGCGCUACCCUCUGAUCAGGACUGCCAACCAAAACCUGCAAAGAGGGCACGGACUUCUUUCACAGCUGAGCAGCUGCAGGUGAUGCAGUCUCAGUUCGCUCAGGACAACAACCCUGACGCUCAGACGCUCCAGAAGCUGGCAGAGAUGACGGGACUGAGCAGGAGAGUCAUACAGGUUUGGUUUCAGAACUGCCGAGCGCGACACAAAAAGCAGCCUCAUCAGAGCAGCUUCUCCCAGAGUGCUCCGCUGUCCAGGAUGCCUCCAUCGCUGCCAGACGACAUCCACUAUUCACCGUUCAGCAGCCCAGACCGACCACAUCUACUCGCCCUGCAUGGAUACCUGGACGCUCAUCCCUUCUCUGUUCUCGCUGCUCCGGGCCACCUGACCCACCCGUCCAUCCAGUUACCACAACUCCCAAUCAGCCGCUGACCUCCAACGUCGACUCUCUCCUCAUCACUGCUCUGAUGUUGUGAAGUAAAAAUCCAUGUGGGACGUACUUUCAGUAAUCUGCUCUGCUUUGGAAGUUGAGUCCCCGGCAAACAGCAGAGGCCUUGACGUUUCUGUUUUAAAUCAAGCUGGAUUCUUUGCCUUGAGACUGCUGAGCUGAACUUUAAAGACAGCAAACUGUGGAGGAAUUCUCGCCUCCAGGACAAGCUGGGAGUUUUUUUUUUUUCAUGAUGCAGAGAAGGAGACCACUUAUUUAAUUUUCCUCUUUUGAUGGGACACAAAACAUUGCAUCAGGUCAGAAUUGUUUUCCUUUGUUUACCCGCCAAUGCAUGGUAUUUUAUUGUGCUGCUGCAAUAGGAGCUUUUAAAAAGAAGAAGAAAAGGAGUGUUGUAGGACUUUUAACAGUAAAACCUCAGCAUUUUGUGUAUCGUGAUAAGCAAAUUGCAGCUUUGCUGUUUGUUGUUGUGUUGUUGUCAGAAAAUUGAAUUUCUUAUUUAUUCAGAACAAAGCUUCACUUUGAAAAAAGCACUUUUAAAUGUGUUUAAACGUGGAAUGAACAGUGAUUGUA